UUCCGCCAGUUUGCUGCUUUGAAGAUUCACAAGGUUCACUGAUGUUCAUCAAGAAAACACAGGAUCAAGAUGUGGGUCUUCAUAUUUCUCCACAUACUGAGUCUAAACUGUCAGGCCUCUGCAACAGUUUCUCUUUGAAAGUUUCAGAGAAUUCAACGCAGAUGUAUUAUGCUAAACUGAAAAUAGACAGAAGUGCAAAGGAAGUAAUCAUUUCGAAGCUGAACUUUACUGUGAAAGACAGCAACGUGAGCAUCGAGAACGUCGCAAGGACAACAGAAUGUAAAGAAAACAACAACGGUAACAAAACAUGUAGAUGCGAACCGGACCACAAAUGGAGUGAUGAAGUUCGUCUCACAGGGGUAAAUUGUGAUGAGCAUAACUGCACCCUCAAGGCUGACUCUAAUUCAAUGUGCACUUUAAGCACUGCAGUUGAUAUCACAGGGAGAUUCACUGUGGAGGGAGAUGAAUUUCAAAGUUGUCUGACAGAUAAGAACUCAGUCGAAUAUAAGAAAUGUCAUAAUUUUCUGUUUGAAAGGAUGAAAAUUGAAUACAGUAAAAUAAGAGGAUUUGACAGUCUGGCAAUAAAACAAUUCAGUGUUGGGAGCGUUAUUGUUGAUUUUACAAUGAAGAUCGUCUCUAACGUUAGUUCGGGAGAACUGUUUAACAAAUCUACCGCUCUGACAAAAGCUCUAACAGGCAGUAUGUCUUUGGAGACAAAAGGCAUUGUCACUUUGGAUAUAUCAACGGAAUCAGUGCUGUAUGAUGACAGUACUGUUGUUAUUUGUAAAACUGAGAGAGAUCUUCAAGCCGAUCCAAAGUGGAAUCUGAAAAGAGAAGAUGGAGAGUUUCUCAUAACUAAUGGCAGGAUCUCAACAGUAAAAAAUGAAAACAAAAAAAGUACAGUCACGAUUGACCAUGUUAACGAACUCUGGCAAGGAGAGUACAUAUGUCUUUUUGUUGAACAAAAAGGCCAAAUAACCAUAAACCAUAAAGCCAACGCUACAAUGGAUAUAUGCCUCAAACCAAAGAUCGACAUUUCCGCAGAUCCAGCAUUUCCCUUGUGUAAGACAGAAUCAACUGUUUUUAUGGUGAAAGUGAAAUGUGAGAUAAAGAAUACCACUGAAACGUACAAUGUGAGCUGGCAAGAUGGUGCCAUUAAAAAACCCGUGACUUCAGAGGGAGACAAAUCUAUUUAUUCAGCUGAUAAAGUAGUUAACUGUAAGACAGAACAGAACACCUCUUCCUCAGGGUCUCCACUGGUAUAUUGCGACUUUACUAAUGAGUGCAACCAAACUAAUAGUGCAUCUAUGAAGGUCGAAGUCAUUUAUCCUAAAGAGAAAUACUGUUCAGCGGAAGGUGAAUGGGCAGACACCAAGGCCGGCUUUACUGCAGAAAUAAAAUGCAAGGAUAAAGCUGGAACAAGAAAGCGAAAGUGUUUACCUGAGUGAGAUUUGAACUCUUCACUAUCAGAUAACAUUUGUUUCCUCUAACUUUGAAAAACACGCUUCAUGAUUUAUGUAACUAAUGAAAUCUUUAUAUAACAUUUAAUUUUUGUGCUGACUGGUUUCACUAAUGUUGAUUUAAUAGUACCUCGAAAAAUGGCCGGGAAGGGAUAUGGCAGGAGGAGGUUUCAGAAUGUGUUGAAACGGACCUCGCUAAUGUGCUGGAAAAA